CUGCGCGGCUGGGGACCCGGAUGAAGAAAGAUGGCGUCGGUUGUGCUCUGAUCACCUGAAGUGGAAUAAAAAGCAGUUGUGUGGAAGCGCAUAUCCAGGAAGCUGUAAAACCAAAACCAAACAGGUUUCCUUCAAAACCUCUCUUCUCAUGCCACUGGAUUCUCAUCUUAAUUCAGCAUGACAUCGACAGUAAGAUGGACUUCAGGGCCCAGGGCAGCGUUGGCCCGUUUAGUUGCGUUCAGCAGACUGGUUUCAAAACAGAAUGGAGCUGUAUUUUCUGCUUGUCACAAAUCUACAUAUACUCCCCUUCCAGAUAAUUAUAAUUGCAAGGUGGAGCUAGCUUUGACAUCCGAUGGCAAGACUGUAGUUUGCUACCACCCGACCUUGGACUUUCCGUAUUCGCAUACAAAGCCUCUACCUCGACCAGAUCCCAGCAGAAACGAAGCUGAAACACACGAUCAAAUAUUGAAAGCGCAGUUGGAAGUUGAGAAGAAACAGUUGGGGACAGAAAUCAACAUAGAACAGCUUAGCAAAAUAUUCUACACAACCAAGCAUCGCUGGUACCCAGUGGGGCAGUACCACACUCGGCGCAAGAAGGUCAACCCUCCCAAAGAACGGUGAUUUUGAGAACUUCAUAUCAAGUAAUUGUUGGUCAACAAGAUGAAAAUUGUCCAAUGUUUAAUCAUCGGUCAACAUUUCAGAACAAAAACAAGUACUGGUUUCUUUUCAAGUAAUAUUUAAUAAAAAUGCUUUUCAAGAUC